UUGCGGUUCUUGGUCUUGGAUACCAAGCCACGCUGAUAGUCUUCUGAACGGAUUGUUUUCGAAGGGACUUGUUGGUGCGAAGGUGAAGAAAAAUCUCGCCAGCAACGAUUGCUAUUUCACUCGAUCCUUCUAGGAAUCGCUUUCACUGCUAGGCAUUUGCGAGUUCCCAAAUUUGUUGUGUACAUAACGAAGGAUAAGCGAAGGAACACAGGUUACCGGAGUGGUGUCGAGCAUUACAUAAGGACGUCGUCCAUUGACUGCAGCAGAAGUGGGUGAAUAGAACUGUGCUCUGUCGCGUUUCAGCAGGCAAAGGAAAAUCGAAGCUGCCCCCCACAGUAGCCGAGUGGCCGAAAAGGAGUUCAAGUAGAGCGAAAGUGUGUUAAUUAGAUGUUCUCGGCUGCCAUGAAAAUUUCUCAGCGGCUAUUCCAGUAGAGAUUGUGCAAGAGAAAGGUUGUACUCGGGCAGUUGGUACAUUUAAAACGCAAAUGCCCGUGUUGAAACUUAUCCUUAAUCAGUAGUCUAGCGUUAAAAAAAUUGAUUUUUAAACUUGUGUAAAUAGUUCUGUAGAUAGUGUGUGAAUAAAUCUAGCUUCAUUGUUUUGUAAAACACUCCAAUACCCAGUGAAAGUAACGAUUUCGUGAGUGAAUUAAUUUUGUCAAGGAUAUCGCAUAAAGGAAUCGAUUUUUCUCGUUCUGGAGUUGAUAGCUAUUGCAGUUAAUUGAAGAUCUGGGCUAAAGUUUUAGUUCUGUGCUAAGAAGCUGAUUAGUUUAUAGGAAGAAAUUUAGAAAUCAGGUCACCGAGUUGACACACAAUGAUUCAGUACGUGAACCGUGAAAAAUCGCUAUAGAUCUACUCGUUAGUAGUUUAUUGGGGAAGUCCAAAUCAAAUAAAUGAGUAAUUCAUAUCAAUGGAAGCAAGGUGUUCUACCCAUUUGAAUGGUGGACGAAGCGAGAAAUAAAAACUCAACUUAUUCUUGUCUGUUCGGAGAUUGCGAGUGAAGCAAUAUGGAUAAAUCUAAAAAGCCUCCAGCCACGGCCGGGGGAACUGGUCCAACGGGAAGUGGGGCGACCAGUGGAGGUGGUGGUACUGCUGCUGGUGGUAGCAGUGCACCCGGUGGUCCAGGAGGAAAGAAAGGCGGUGGCAAGGGUCCGCCCAAAAAGCCCAGUGAUAGUGACGCACCGGGAGCCAGCGCCAAAGCGGAAGGAGAUUCCACUGGACCAGCCUCCAAGGAUGACGCUUCCGCUGCCAACGGCGACAAAAAGUCGGAUAAGGCUGACCCUGAGCAACCAUCGCAGCCGAAGCCUGGCAGUGCCGGCGCAACGGUCCGCGACGGUGCCCAGAAAGUUCUUACCCUGGCCAUGAAGAGCGAAUGGGCUCCCGUUGAAGCUGUGCUGAAAGGCUUGGAGAAGGCGGUAGCCGCCGGAGGAGAGGACGCGAACCUGACCCCGCUAGCCGGGGUGAUUGAUCCGGCCACCGGAAUGACACCGCUGAUGUAUGCCGUCAAGGACAACCGGACUCCAAUAUUAGAUAGGCUUUUAGAUCUCGGAUCCGAUGUCGGAGCUAGAAACAACGACAAUUACAAUGUGAUACAUAUUGCUUCCAUGUACUCUAGAGAAGAUGUAGUUAAAUUACUUUUAAAUAAGCGUGGUGUCGAUCCCUACUCGACGGGUGGGUCACGACAACAAACUGCUGUUCAUUUGGUAGCUAGUAGACAAACCGGCACAGCAACCGCAAUUUUACGGGCACUACUAACUGCAGCCGGUAAGGAUAUCCGAACAAAGACUGACGGUAAAGGAAAAAUACCACUACUGCUUGCUGUUGAGGCUGGUAAUCAGUCUAUGUGCAGGGAGUUACUUUCAUCACAAACGGCGGAUCAACUGAAGGCCACGACUACCAAUGGCGAUACGGCACUGCACCUGGCCGCCCGGCGGAAGGACGUCGAGAUGGCCCGGAUUCUGAUCGACUAUGGAGCCAACGUUGAUCUGCAGAAUGGCGAUGGUCAAACCGCGCUGCAUAUAGCGGCGGCCGAAGGCGACGAAGCGAUGGUCAAGUACUUCUAUACCGUUCGUGCUUCUGCAUCCAUCAUCGAUAAUCAAGAUCGCACACCGAUGCAUCUUGCGGCGGAGAACGGUCAUGCAUCAAUCAUCGAAAUCCUGGCGGACAAAUUCAAGGCCAGUAUCUUCGAACGGACGAAAGAUGGCAGUACGUUGAUGCACAUCGCUUCGUUGAACGGCCACGCUGAGUGCGCGACCACGUUGUUUAAGAAAGGUGUCUAUCUACACAUGCCAAACAAGGGAGGCGCUCGGAGUAUCCACACGGCGGCCAAGUACGGUCACGUGGGCAUCAUCAGCACCCUGCUGAAUAAGGGCGAAAAAGUCGACGUGCCUACCAAUGAUAACUACACUGCCCUCCACAUUGCUGUUCGGUCGGCAAAACCGGCUGUCGUCGAGACGCUGCUGGGGUUUGGUGCCGAGGUUCAUGUCCGUGGUGGUAAGUUGCGGGAAACACCGCUGCACAUUGCUGCUCGCGUUCGGGACGGAGAUCGAUGCGCGUUGAUGCUGUUGAAAUCCGGUGCCAGUGCCAACAAAACGACUGACGAUGGCCAAACACCAGUCCAUGUAGCUGCCAAAUAUGGGAACGUGUUAACGCUGGAUCAGCUGCUGGAAGACCACGGGGAUCCGCUAAUCAAAUCGAAGGUCGGCGAAACUCCAUUACAUCUGGGUGCACGGAAUUGUCAUCCGGAAAUUGUGAAGCACCUGAUAGCUUUCGUUUUAGAAAAACAUGGCAAGGAAGUGCUGAAGAACUAUCUGAACUUUACGAACGAGGAUGGAGCAACGGCAUUGCACUACGCUUGUCAGGUGACCAAGGAUGAGGUCAAAACGGAAAACGGAGACCGGGAGAUCGUCAAGAUGCUCCUGGAGAACGGCGCAGAUGUAUCGUUGACUACGAAGUCCACGAACGAUACGUGUUUUCACGCAGUCGCCUUGGCUGGUAACAACGAUGUCUUGUCGGAAAUGAUCAGCCAUCUUUCGGCUACGGAAAUCCAGAAAGCGAUGAAUCGGCAGUCGUCGGUUGGUUGGACACCGUUGUUAAUAGCUUGCAAUCGGGGCCACAUGGAACUGGUGAACACACUGCUUGCCAAUCAUGCCAGGGUGGACGUAUUCGAUAACGAAGGACGUUCGGCGCUGCACUUGGCUGCCGAGCACGGCUUUCUACAAGUCAGUGAUGCACUCAUUUCUAAUAAAGCGUUUAUAAAUUCUAAAUCACGAAACGGCAGAACUGCACUGCACUUGGCAGCGAUGAAUGGCUAUACGGAGUUGGUGAAAUUUUUGAUACAAGACCACCACGCGGUUGUGGAUAUUUUAACUUUGAGGAAACAGACUCCACUGCAUCUGGCCGCAGCCAGCGGGCAGAUGAAUGUAUGUAAGCUACUUUUAGAACUUGGUGCCAAUAUCGACGCAACGGACGACGUUGGUCAGAAGCCCAUCCACGUGGCUGCGCAGAACAAUUACUCCGAAGUUGCCAAAUUAUUUCUUCAGCAGCAUCCAAAUCUUGUGAUGGCUACCAGCAAGGAUGGUAAUACCUGCGCCCACAUAGCGGCGAUGCAAGGUUCGGUGAAGGUGAUAGAGGAACUGAUGAAAUUCGAUCGGAACGGCGUGAUUUCGACGAGAAACAAACUGACCGAUUCGACGCCACUCCAGCUGGCCGCUGAGGGUGGCCACGCCGAUGUCGUAAAGGUCCUUGUUCGAGCCGGAGCAUCCUGUACCGACGAAAACAAAUCAGGUUUCACCGCCGUUCAUAUGGCGGCAAAAAACGGCCACGGCCAGGUGCUCGAGGUUAUGCGGAGCACUAAUUCGCUAAGGGUGUCCAGUAAAAAAUUGGGUUUAACACCGCUGCACGUAGCUGCCUACUACGGUCAGGCGGAUACGCUGAGGGAGCUGCUCAUUAACGUACCCGCAACGGUUAAAUCUGAUUCUCCAUCUGGCACAUCAUUAGUACCUGAAUUAGGGAGCGAGUCUGGACUGACCCCACUGCAUCUGGCAGCAUAUUCCGGUAACGAAAACGUUGUUCGUCUGUUACUCAACUCCGCUGGUGUCCAAGUCGAUGCGGCGACUUCGGAAAAUGGUUACAAUUCCCUGCAUUUAGCAUGUUUCGGUGGACACGUUCCGAUCGUGGGACUGCUGCUGAGUAGAUCUGCUGAGCUUCUACACAGUGUCGACAGACAUGGCAAAACCGGUUUGCACAUAGCGGCAAUGCAUGGUCACUAUCAGAUGAUGGAGGUCCUGUUGGGUCAGGGUUCGGAGAUUAAUGCCUCUGAUAAGAACGGCUGGACACCGCUACAUUGUGCGGCUAAGGCCGGGCACUUGAACGUUGUAAAACUGUUGGUGGAAGCCGGCGGAUCGCCAAAGUCUGAAACGAACUACGGCUGUGCACCAAUUUGGUUUGCCGCGUCCGAGGGCCACAACGACGUACUGAAAUAUCUUAUGCACAGAGAGCACGACACCUACGCACUGAUGGAGGACAAACGAUUCGUGUACAAUCUGAUGGUGGUGUCGAAAAAUCACAACAACAAACCAAUCGAAGAGUUUGUUCUGGUUUCCCCCGCACCGGUCGAUACGGCGGCAAAGUUGUCCAAUAUUUUCAUCGUACUAUCGACCAAGGAAAAGGAACGAGCCAAAGAUCUGAUCGCGGCCGGUAAACAGUGCGAAACGAUGGCUACCGAGCUCCUGGCGCUGGCCGCCGGUGCUGACUCGGCAGGUCGUAUUCUUACUGCCACAGAUCGGCGCAACAUGGAGUUCCUGGACGUGCUGAUCGAGAACGAGCAGAAGGAGGUGAUCGCUCACACGGUUGUGCAAAGAUAUCUGCAGGAACUCUGGCGGGGCACACUCAACUGGACGGCGUGGCGAAUAAUGCUGCUGUUUAUCGGUUUCAUCGUUUGUCCACCGGUGUGGAUUAUCUUCACACUGCCACUGGGCCACAACUACUACAAGGUGCCCAUCAUCAAGUUCAUGUCCUAUCUGACCUCACACAUCUACCUGAUGAUCCAUCUGAUGAUCGUGGGAAUCACGCCCAUCUAUCCGGUGGUUCGCGCCAGCCUCCUGCCCUACUGGUACGAGUGGGGUCUGUUGGUUUGGCUGAGCGGUUUGCUGCUGUUCGAGCUGACCAAUCCCAGUGACAAAUCCGGCCUGGGGAGCAUCAAGGUACUGGUGCUGCUAUUUGGCAUCAUCGGCGUCGGGGUGCACGUUUCUGGGAUGCUGUACGUGCAGAAGAUGUACUGGCCAACGCUGCUGUACUGCCGAAAUCAACUGUUUGCGUUGUCCUUUCUGUUGGCUUGUGUGCAAAUUUUAGAUUUCCUAUCCUUUCAUCACCUGUUCGGUCCAUGGGCCAUCAUCAUUGGUGAUCUGCUGAAGGAUUUGGCUCGGUUUCUGGCCGUGCUGGCAAUCUUCGUGUUCGGUUUUUCGAUGCACAUCGUGGCGCUGAAUCAAUCCUUCAAGAAUCUCGACCCGGACGAGGUCCGGCGGCUCCCGUUAGCCAACCGGAACAAGCAAGCGUUCAGUGACGUGCGCAUGAACCCGAUCACGUCCUUUGAACUGCUCUUUUUCGCUGUAUUUGGUCAAACCAACACCGAUCAAACACAAAUUGAUAAAAUGACACAGAAUACACCGCGCACCCAACCGUAUUGGACCGAGUACUUGUUCAAAAUUGUCUUUGGCAUUUACAUGUUGGUAUCAGUUGUUGUACUUAUCAAUCUGCUCAUUGCUAUGAUGUCUGACACAUACCAGAGAAUUCAGGCACAAUCGGAUAUCGAGUGGAAGUACGGUCUGUCCAAGUUAAUCCGUAACAUGCACCGAACAUCGACGGCACCGUCACCGAUGAAUCUGGUCACCACUUGGUUCGUGUGGAUCUUUGAAAAGCUAAGGGCAAGAUUAAAGAAGAAAAAGCGACCGUCGCUGGUGCAGAUGAUGAACCUCCACCGGGGCCAGCAGAGCCCUCGCUCGAAAGCCGGUGCCAAAUGGUUGUCGAAAGUGAAGAAAGGUCAGGUGGCUCCUAAAGAAUCCACCGCACUGUCCGCCAUGCAUCUGUCUCCUCUCGGUUCGCAAGUCAGUUUCGCCACUGCCAAUACGACCCGAAUCGAGAACGUUGCCGACUGGGUAGAAAUCUCCAAAAAAUACCGGGAGCUGGUUGGUAUCGACUCCGAGGAUAGCGCUUCGAUGAAGGACUCGGAGGGCGACAACCACUCGACGGCCAAUGGCGGAGGAGGCGGUGGAAACAAUCCCAACGAGGGCCAGAUGGGCAACAACGUCAACGCCAAUCAGGUCUAGAGGCUGAAGGACGGAGGGAGAAACACGGAACAACGACACGAACCCCAACAGGUGGUGAUGCACACUUAAAGACUUGCGAUCCAGUGAUAGGUGUUAGGCUAGGUGGUCAAUCAUUCCAAAUCAAUUCUGUGAAUAUUUUUUUUCUAGAGAAAUCUGUCUUUUGUUUUGUACAUUACGAAAAAAUUCACUAGAUUGUACAAAGCGAAUCAAAAUCGAACCAUGUUUUGGAAGGUAUUUCGAGACUUUAGGCUAGCUUCAGAAUUCAUCCGGUAGGCCAUACGUUGAGGAUAAUUUUUGCAGAUUUUUAAUAUUGGCAAACCAUAGAAAAAUUUAACAGAAUGCUGUAAAACUUGUACAUUUUGAAAAGAAAUGAAGAAAAUUAUAUAUUUUUUAUCGAAUUCGUA